AAGCCGCGCUGCGGCCCCUAUCGGGCUCCCCAUCUGUUCCCUUGCGCGAGGCGACAGGCGCGGCUUUCAGGGCGGACGAGUUGACGGUGAUAACGGUCAUCCUGAAAAAGGCGACGAAGUGCGUUGAAAAAGCAGCUUAACUUUGGCUCAAAGUGCUGAGAAACGCCAACGACGUCCGUCUCAUUGUGUCCCGGUGGUGCCACGGUGGAGGGCCGGAACGCUGGACAGCGGGCUUAACGCUCUAGUUCGGUGUUGAAGGACGAGCCAGGCGACGGAUUUGAGGCACCAGUAACGGGGCUUUCGUGACGUUUCGGUAGCGUUGAAGAAACGCGUGGAGCGGGCCGCGUGGCCCCGUGAGCGCGCGCCGCCGGCCUCGGGGACACUGACUCGCAGCGCGGCCUUUUUUCGUUUCCAGAGGGCAGAGACCGCGGUGGAGAGAGUGGACAACAAAGGGCACCAGAUUCGCUGAGCAAACACGGGCGACACGGCUAAAAGUCGGAAACCUUAAAUUAACUUAGGAUAUGUUUUGGAGUUGUCGACAGACUAUUUUAGAGGAGAUGAAGAAGAAGUUCUCCCAGAUAGAGAAUGCCGGCGAGGAGCCUAGAGUGCUGUGCAUCAUCCAGGACACUACCAACGCCAAAACAGUCAAUGAGCGGCUGACCCUCAACCUUCCGGCAUCCACCACCGUCAGUAAGCUGUUUGAGGACGUUGCCCUCAAGGCAGGCUACGUUAACGGCUCCUUUCACCUGGCAUGGGGUAACAUGACAGACAUGGUUGUGUUGGACCAGAGCAGUGAGAUGCCACUGAGUGAUUCAGGCUUUGAGCCUGGCAAGAAGAACUUCCUUCAGCUCACCGACAAAGAUGGAGAGCAGCCUCAGUUAGCAUCGGGUGAGUCAGGCACGGUGGACAGCAGUGGCCUGGAUGACAACACCCAGGAUCGCUUCAUAGGACCCCUUCCCCGAGACGGCAUUGUGGGCUGUAGCAACGACUACAGCAGCUACUCUUAUGCCUCCAUACUUAAGUCGGAGACAGGGUAUGUGGGCUUGGUGAACCAGGCAAUGACCUGCUACUUGAACAGUCUCCUGCAGACCCUGUUUAUGACUCCGGAGUUCAGAAAUGCGCUCUAUAAUUGGGAGUUCGAGGAAGGAGAAGAGGACCCAGUCACCAGCAUCCCUUACCAGCUCCAGAGGCUCUUUGUCCUGUUGCAGACCAGCAAGAAGCGUGCCAUCGAGACCACAGAUGUGACUCGUAGCUUCGGCUGGGAUAGCAGCGAAGCUUGGCAGCAGCACGAUGUCCAGGAGCUCUGUAGAGUUAUGUUUGAUGCUCUGGAGCAGAAAUGGAAGCAAACCGAACAGGCCGACCUUAUCAAUCAGCUCUACCAGGGAAAACUGAAGGACUAUGUGCGCUGCCUGGAGUGUGGAUACGAGAGCUGGAGGAUCGACACCUACCUGGACAUCCCGCUGGUCAUUCGGCCCUAUGGGGCCAGCCAGGCUUUUGGGAGUGUGGAAGAGGCCCUCCAGGCUUUCAUACAGCCGGAGACGCUUGAUGGGCCCAACCAGUACUUCUGUGAGCGCUGCAAGAAGAAAUGCGAUGCGCGAAAGGGCCUGCGGUUUCUACACUUUCCCUACCUACUGACACUUCAGCUAAAACGCUUUGACUUUGACUACACCACUAUGCACCGCAUCAAACUGAAUGACCGCAUGACCUUCCCAGAGGAGCUUGACAUGAGCCCUUUCAUCGAUGUGGAAGAUGAGAAGUCUCCCCAGACAGAGAGCUGCACAGACAGUGGAGCAGAGAAUGAAGGCAGCUGCCACAGUGACCAGAUGAGCAAUGACUUCUCUACAGACGAUGCUGUGGAUGAGGGCAUCUGCUUGGACAGCGCGAGCAGCACAGAGAGGGUACUCAAGCCAAAGAGCUUGCUGACUUUUGAGCUGUUCUCGGUCAUGGUGCACUCGGGCAGUGCAGCUGGUGGCCACUACUAUGCCUGCAUCAAGUCCUUCAGCGAUGGCCAGUGGUACAGCUUCAAUGACCAGCAUGUCAGCAAGAUCACGCAGGAGGACAUCCGGAAGACAUACGGCGGAUCCUCAGGGAGCAGGGGUUAUUACUCCAGUGCCUUUGCCAGCUCUACGAACGCAUACAUGCUCAUCUACAGGUUGAAGGAUCCUUCAAGGAAUGCAAAGUUUUUAGAUGCGGAAAACUUCCCUGAACACAUAAAGCGCCUGGUCCAGAAGGAGAAGGAGGCUGAAGAGCAGGAAAAACGGCAGAGGGAGAUUGAGCGCAACACGUGCAAGAUCAAGUUGCUCUGUAUGCAUCCGGUGAAGAUGGUGAUGAUGGAGAACAAGCUGGAGGUACACAAGGACAAGACGUUGAGGGAGGCCGUGGAGAUGGCGUACAAGCUGAUGGAUCUGGAAGGCUUGGUCCCACUGGACUGCUGCCGUCUGGUCAAGUAUGAUGAGUUUCAUGAGUACCUGGAGCGCUCUUAUGAGGGGGAGGAGGACACACCCAUGGGUCUGCUGCUGGGCGGAGUGAAGUCCUCAUACAUGUUCGACCUCCUGCUGGAGACCCGUCGACCUGACCAGGUGUUCCAGACCUAUAAACCAGGAGAGGUCAUGGUGAAGGUCCAUGUGGUGAGCCUGAAGAACGAGACCAUCGCCUCCCCAGUGAGCGUCAGGGCCUACCUGAACCAGACUGUUGCUGAGUUCAAACAGCUGAUUGCUCAGGCGACGGGGCUUUCUGCAGACACGAUGCGUGUUGUCCUGGAGAGGUGUUACAAUGACCUUCGGCUCCUCUAUGUGCCCAACAAGACGUUGAAAGCUGAAGGGUUCUUCAGGAGUAACAAGGUUUUUGUGGAAAGCUCAGAUUCAGCAGAUCACCAAGUCACUUUCACUGACUCACUUUUGUGGAAGCUGCUGGAUCGCCAUGGAAACACCAUUAGACUGUUUGUUUCCCUGCCUGAGCAGUCACCUGGCUUAUUGGCCAAUAGAACUUCUUACCAAAAAGUGGGUGAUGAAUCGGAGGAUUCCUUCGGAGGGACUAAGAGCAGCACUAAGUCUGUGGAGGCUAUAUUGGAGGAGAGCACAGAGAAGCUGAAGAACCUGUCCCUCCAACAGCAGCAGGAGCAGCAGGAUCUGGGUUCAAGCAACAGUGACAGUCAGAAUACCAGUGAUGUCGAGCAUGCUGACUCUUUGUCCCAGGAGGUGUCCACGGCGUCAUCUGCUUCUGCUGUUGAUAACCGGGAGCUGGAAAACCGGAUUCAGAUUGUUGGUGGAAGCGGCACUGCCUCAGACCCGGAGAACCAGCUCCCAUCAGAGGAGCGCUCGGACUCGGACGUAAACAAUGAUCGCAGCACCAGCUCCAUGGACAGUGACAUCCUGAGCUCCAGUCACAGCAGCGACACAUUGUGCAAUGCCGACAGCGGGCCCAUUCCGCUGGCCAAUGGCCUGGACAGCCACAGCAUUACCAGCAGCCGCCGCUCCAAGGCCCACGAGGCCCGCAAAGAGACGUGGGACACAGCUGAAGAGGACUCGGGCACCGACAGCGAAUAUGACGACAGUGGAAAGAGCAAGGGCGAAGCCCAGUACCUGUACUUCCGGGCAGAGCCCUACUGUCAAGAGGAUGGUUCUGGAGACAGCCAUAAAUGUUUAUUAGUCCAUGUCGAUAAGAGGAUAACAUUGGCAACCUUCAAGCAGAAGCUGGAACCCUUUGUGGGGGUCCCAUCUUCCCAGUUCAAGGUCUUCCGGGUUUAUGCCAACAACCAGGAGUUUGAGAGCGUACGGCUAAAUGAGACACUUUCCUCCUUCUCUGAUGACAACAAGAUAACCAUUCGGUUGGGAAGAGCACUGAAGAAGGGCGAGUAUCGAGUGAAGGUGUACCAGUUAUUAGUGAAUGACCCUGAGCCGUGUAAGUUCCUGGUGGAUGCUGUCUUUGCCAAGGGCAUGACUGUAAGACAGUCUAAGGAGGAGCUCCUUCCCUUGCUCAGAGAGCAGUGCAAGCUGGACCUCAGUAUUGACAGAUUCCGAUUAAGGAAGAAAACAUGGAAGAACCCGGGCACAGUGUUUCUGGAUUACCAUGUCUAUGAGGAAGACAUCAAUAUUUCCAGUAAUUGGGAGGUCUUCCUGGAAGUUCUUGAUGAGCCAGAAAAAAUGAAGUCCAUGUCCCAGCUUGCGGUGCUGACUCGCCAGUGGAGACCUUCCCGCAUGAAGUUGGAGCUCUUCCAGGAGGUUGUACUGGAGAGCAGCAGUGUGGAUGAGCUCAAGGAAAAGCUCAGUGAACUGAGUGGAAUUCCCCUUGAAAACCUAGAAUUUGCCAAGGGCAGAGGGACUUUUCCUUGUGACAUUUCAGUGUUGGAGAUCAACCAGGACCUAGACUGGAAUCCCAAAGUGUCCACUCUCAAUGUGUGGCCCCUGUACAUCAGUGAUGAUGGUGCUGUGGUUUUCUACAGAGACAAGACGGAGGAGCCCAUGGAGCUCUCGGAGGAGGAGCGCAACGAACUGAUGAAGAAGGAGAGCAGCCGGCUGCUGAAGACGGGCCAACGGGUUAACUACUCCCCUCGCAAGGAGAAGGCGCUCAAGAUCUACCUUGAUGGGGGACCCACCAAAGACCCAGGGCAGGACUGAAAAGCCUGCUGCCCCACGAGGCCCAUGGGUUUAGUUGACUUGCCCACGGCAGGGCCCUUCCUGGCCUUGCUCCUGCGUCGAACCGUCACCAGCGCUGUGCAGCUGCCUCGCUCUCCACUCUGCAGUCCAGGGCCUUUAGCGUGGCUCGCUAUCAUAUUGUGCACUAUAGUGUAUUAUACUGUAAAGUUUAAAGGGAAGUGCAAAAGCUAUUCAAUAAAAGACAAAAAAAGAAA